AUGUCCGCGUGCGAGAAGGGUGGGCAUUGGCAGCAGGCGCUGCUGCUGCUGAGUGCACUGGCGGAGGCGCAGAUUCUGCCAGACAUUCUCAGCUACGCCGUCGGCGCCAGCGCGUGUGGCAAAGGCGGGCAGUGGCAGCCGGCGCUGUCGCUGCUGACAGAGGCCUGGGAGGCAAAGCUCGAGCCCAGCGUUGUCAGCUACAGCGCUGGGAUUCACGCGUGCACAAAUGGCGGCCAGUGGCAGAAAGCGUUAUUGCUGCUGCGGGAGAUGAUGGCUAUCAAGCUGGACGCUGACACCACGAGCUACAACAUUGCGAUCAACGCGUGUGGUAAAGCGUCUCCAGUGCCGUGGCAACACGCGCUGUUGCUGUUGAGCGAGCUUGCGGAAGUUGGUCAGCCGGACGCCAUCAGCUACAAUUCGGGGCUCUCGGCUUGCCAGGAGGCUGGGCAGUGGGAGCAUGCGUUGUUGUUGCUGGGGCAAGUGCGGGAGACGAAAUUGGAGGUGAUAGUCGGUUGCUUCAGCGCCACGAUCAACGCGUGCCGCAGGGGCGGCCAGGUUCACAGGUCGCUGUCGCUGCUGGAGGAGAUGAUUGUCUGCAGGUUCGACAGCGCCGUCGUCGGCUACAGCGCUGGGAUCAAUUCGUGCGAGGCGGGGGGGCUUUCGCCGCGAGCGCUUCCACUGAUGGGCCUAAUGGAGCGGCGUGAACUUCUGAAUCUGCACACGUGCUGCGGAAGGACCUCGGGCUAUCCGGCCCUU